AUGGGUAUCUCAAAAACACUGCUUGGAAAGGCCGCCGUGCCGGCUGUCCUCCUUUUACUCUCCCUAUACAUCGUCAAGAGAGUUGCACUCUAUUUCAAACUUCGACACUUCGGAGGGCCUUGGUGGACUGGCGUCAGUCAUUGGCCUCAUAGCAGGGCAAUUAUUAGCCCCAAUUGCCACGAGUGGUACGCCGAGAUGAACGAAAAACAUGGUAUGCACAACCCCAUGCUGGUUGCCUGGGACAAUGGCGAUCGCAUCCCCUUUGGUCCAAUCACUCGCAUUGCUCCCGGAAUUCUAAUCACAUCUUCGCCUGAACUUUGGGCCCAUGUCAACCGACACCCUGGUUACAAACGCUCUGACUGGUAUUAUCACGCUUGUCGAAUUGAGUAUCAACGUGAUAAUGUCUUUACCCAGACGGAUAAUGAAAAACACGAGAAGAGAAGGAAACAGAUGGCCCCGGGUUACUCUGGUAGAGAGAACCUAGACCUCGAACCUACCAUUGACCACCGACUUGAAGAGCUCCUCGAUCUCAUCAGAUCUAAAUAUCUCUCAUCCGACAGCAAAGUUGUACCAAUGGAUUUGGCAAAGAAGAUUCAGUACUUUACCCUGGAUGUCAUCAGUGCGGUCGGUCUUGGGAAAGCUUUCGGCAUGCUACGGACUGAUAGUGACGUUGACGACUACUUGAAAUCAACCGAGGAGGGCUUGUCCACCGUUAGGUUCGCCUGUGCUGCUGGCAUCAGCUGGAUAGCUCAAUCACCCAUCAUCGGCAAAUUUAUAGCUCCUUCGCCCACUGACAACAACGGCUUCGGCAAAAUGAUUUCUGCAUGCUUCCGCUACGUCGAGGAAAGGACCAAAAAAUCCACAGAUGAGAGGUCAGACAUGCUUUCAUCGUUUAUACGCCAUGGGCUAAGUGGUGAUGAGCUGAAAUCCGAGGCACUUGAGCAAAUUAUCGCCGGUUCUGAUACAACCGCUGCCGCCAUACGAGGGACACUGCUCCAGAUCAUAACAAACCCUAGGGUUUAUGCAAAGCUACAGCGGGAGAUUGAUGAGGCAGUGCGUGAUGGGAAAGCUCCAGCCUACGGCGAUGGAAUAAUCACUCUAGGGCAGGUGAAGAGACUCUCAUAUUUACAAGCAGUAAUCCGAGAGUCUUUGAGAGUCUGGCCACCCGUCCUGAACAUUUUUUCCCGAGAUGUCCCAGCUGGAGGUGACACUGUUGAAGUCAAUGGGGAAACCCAUUUUUUACCUGGUGGAGUCUGCGUGGGGUAUUCUGGUUACGCGAUGCACCGCAGCGAGGCAACAUACGGUAUUGACUCGGCAGCAUUUCGACCUGAGAGGUGGUUCGAACCGGAUUCAGCAAAACUUGCGUCUAUGACCCAGACCAAUGAUCUCGUAUUUGGUCAUGGCAAUUUCAUGUGUCUUGGAAGACCAGUGGCUCAAAUGGAACUUCUCAAGACUAUCUUCGAGGUACUGCGCAACUUCGAACUGGCUCUGAAUGAUCCAGUGCGUCCGUGGCGGGCAAAGAACUGUAUGGGCCUAUUCGUGAUUUCGGACAUGUGGGUUCAAGUUACGGAAAGGAUCUGA